GCUAACUAGUUGCUUCUGGCAGUUUAUCGUUCAUUCGAUUUUGUUCUAUGUUCGUCACAGUAUUAUAGUACACUUAUUUUAUAUUUCCUUUAUUUACCUAUAUCACAUCGAUUUGUAUGGUAAUAGUCUGCACUGAAGAGAGAGUCUCAAAAUCAAAUAGGAGGUGGUUGCCCCCGUUGAUUUGGUCGCUUGAGGACAAGCUUAUACAGUGCCACAGUGUCGAAAGACAAGUUUGUCGUGUAUGGCUACUGUUACCGGAAACGAAUUACUAGAAAAUGUGGCCGCAGCAUUAUGUGUUGAGUUAUGUGUAUCAGAGGAUUAUUAACGAGUGAUGCAUGAAACACAAUGAAUGCGGCAGACGACAGGCAGCAACCGUCCAAUAUUAAAAUACAAACAUAUAAUUCAAAGCUCUAGCAAGUCAGGAUGGGACCCAGGUUAUAUAGAUUUCAUUCAAUUGAAAAGUUUUAGUACGGCAGCAACGAGUUGUGAACAUAAGCUAUUUGAUAUUUCGCUGCCUUUUUCAAAUUGUUCAAGAAGUUAGCUAUGAGACGACAUUCACAGCUAAAAACAAUUUCGUUAUGGUGCAGUCGUCUAUGUGUUUAAAGCUUUAAUUGCGAGUUUUGGUUGAACAUCUCGGUGGUUUGAAAACAUGCUAUAAUGGCAACUAUCGAGUACGCAACAGUUUAGCUUUCCUACACAAAAACAAUUGUUCUCAGAUUUUGUCCGAAAUGUACGGUAUCUGGUUGUACAUUUGUUAACUAGACUAGAAAUACGUCAAUCUAUGUUUAAUGUUGUUAUAUAUGCUGUAAUACUAAAUAUAUCUAUAUGGUAUUAGUAAAAUAAAUAGUUACGAUAUGAUUAUUUAGUACAUUCGACAAGUGGUAAAUAAACACAUUUAAUUGAGUACACAAAUCAAGCACUAAUGAAUUAUUGAAAUAAAACUUUGAGCGAGUGUGUUUUUCUAAUAACGGUGCAUCUGUGUGUCUAAAAUGGAAAAAAUCGGGUGAUAACUUGCGCUAGCCUCCAUAUAACUAAAAUCAAGAUCCGGUCAUCCGGUUAACUUUAUACUGAGGUACCUGAAUGAAACUCGGAGAUAAUUUUUUCCGUUAGCAAUUUGUAGUAAUGCCAAAAAUAGAUAAAAUCGGGUCAAUACUAUCCCUAUCUCCAUAUGUACAUAAAAAAAGCUUUAUGCCGAAUACUUCGGUCAGUGUGUGAGUUAUUUAUAAAAAAUAUGUUCUCUCGUAUAACUUAACCAUAUCAAAGGUUAAUACAAUACCUCUCCGGUUGAGUUUAUCAACACAUACAUCACACUUGAAGAUGUUUUUAAUAUAAUUUUAGCUGAUCGGAAGUAAAAUAUAACAAUAAAGCUAAUAAUAUACAAUCGACGAAUAACAUAUAUAAAUAUAAAGAAUGGAUACCUUCGAUGUGUCGGACCGAAACAGUUGGUAUUUCGGACCGAUGUCUCGUCAAGAUGCAACUGAAGUGCUAAUGAAUGAGCGCGACCGAGGUGUAUUUCUAGUACGUGAUAGUAAUUCCAUCGCAGGUGAUUAUGUUUUGUGUGUAAGAGAGGACACCAAAGUUAGUAACUAUAUUAUAAAUAAGAUACAACAACAGGAUCAAGUUUUGUAUCGAAUAGGGGAUCAAAUAUUUGAAAAUUUACAAAAAUUGUUAACUUUUUACACAUUGCACUAUCUUGACACCACUCCGCUACGACGCCCUGCACCAAAAAAGCCUGAAAAAGUUAUUGGUAGAUACGACUUUGAUGGUAGUGAUCAAGACGAUCUUCCUUUUAGACGUGGCGAAAUCCUGACUGUAAUCCGUAAGGACGAAGAUCAGUGGUGGACGGUUAGAAAUCAGCAGGGACAAAUCGGUCAAAUUCCUGUACCUUAUGUUCAAAGAUGUGAAGAAAAUACAGAUGAUAGUUGUAUUGAUCGGCCAUUAUCGAGUGGUGGCAAUUGUGGCACUACUUUAGCACCUAGUAACAGUUUUCGUUCCCCGCUUCUAUCAAGUGUAGCUUGCAAAAAUGAUGCCAUGGUUCAUUCAACAUCUACAAAUUGCCAUCAGUUCAACAAUUCGUUGAAACGAUCCGAUUUAAAUCGAAAGCUACCAGCAUUUGCCCGCGUGAAACAGGCACGUGUACCCAACGCCUACGACAAAACUGCACUAAAACUUGAGAUUGGUGAUAUAAUCAAAGUAACCAAAACUAAUAUAAAUGGCCAGUGGGAGGGGGAGCUCAACGGAAAAAAGGGUCAUUUUCCAUUCACCCAUGUUGAAUUCAUUGAUGACUGCGAUCCGCUACAUAACGCUGACGAUGCAACGUUGAAGGCGUUUUCUGUGUCAUGCACAAAUAAUGACUGGGUUGAGUAAGCUAAUUAUGAAAUCCGUGCGUGAUUUUUUUGUAUUCCUACUUAUGAUUGGAUAUAAAUUAAUUAAAAUAAAUAAACGGGUCUAAAAUAAUUUAAAAUUUCAGACAUAUGAUAGUUUUUUAAUUUGACAUUAAAAUAGAAUUUUGACUGAUACUGUGAAAUUCGUAAAAAAGGAUUCAUUAAAUAUAAAUAUUAAAUAUGUGUAAGUUAAUAAUUACUAAUUUAUGUACAUCAACAUGUUACUGCACUGUGUAUUAUGAAGAGAUGUAAGUGAAAGUAGUGCCCAAGAAAAAUUGUAACCGAUUAAGAAUAGUGACACUCGAGUUCAUAUUUUUUAUAUAUGCAUACCUUCAUAAAUUUUUUUAUAUUAGUAAGCAUAUUUUGUAAAACAUAUGUUUGUUUAUCUGGUCACAUAUUUUAUGUCAUAGAAUCAUCUCUAUUAUCCUUACAAUAAUUAAUAUACAUUAAGAAUAUUAGAUGUCGUUGCUAUUAUUAAAAUGUGUGAAAAAAUAAACGACAAAUGAAAAUUUGUUUAAUUUUAAUUAGAA